CUCCUCCCACCCCUGUGACUUUGUUGAGUUUUAGUUCCUUUCCUGGUUGAAACAGAACAGUUCAUCGAGGCAGGUGGAUAGCUACGAAACUAGGGGACAGGCACCUUGGGCCGAAGAUGGGAAAGAGCUGCAAAGUGGUUGUGUGCGGGCAAGCAUCUGUGGGGAAGACGUCCAUACUGGAGCAGCUCCUAUACGGGAACCAUGUGGUUGGUUCAGAGAUGACUGAGACCCAGGAAGACAUCUACGUGGGCUCGAUCGAGACUGACCGAGGGGUACGGGAACAAGUGCGCUUCUAUGACACCCGAGGCCUACGGGAUGGGCUGGAGUUGCCCAAACACUGCUUCUCCUGCACUGAUGGCUAUGUCCUGGUUUACAGUGUUGACAGCAAAGAGUCCUUCAAGAGGGCAGAGAUGCUCAAAAAGGAGAUUGACAAGAGCAAGGAUAAGAAGGAGGUCACCAUUGUGAUCUUGGGAAACAAGUGCGAUUUGCAGGAACUGCGUCGCGUGGACCACGAUGUGGCGCAGCACUGGGCCAAGGCAGAAAAGGUCAAGCUGUGGGAAGUCUCAGUGGCUGAUCGCCGGACCCUCAUUGAACCUUUUGUCUACCUGGCCAGCAAGAUGACUCAACCUCAGAGCAAAUCUGCUUUCCCACUCAGCCGUAAGAACAAAAGCAGUGGUUCUGUGGAUGGGUGAACCUUGGGGACUGUCCUUUGUACAGAUGCAUGUGUACAGAUCUUCCUUGCCGUGAUAUGAAGAGCUUCGGGCAGCAGAUUCCAGAUGCAGAACCAUCUUCUUUCUUCCAAUCUCCACUUUGUAAAAAGUCUAGAGCCGGGGAAAUAACUUUGACUUCCAAAACAUAUAUAACCAACAGUGUGUUUAUGUGUGUGUGCAAGUCUACCACCGGGUGACAUUAUACCCCUGGAGAUCCACUGCUAAAUCUGAGUAGAUCAGGGGGUCCCCAACCUUUUUGAGUCUAUGGGCCUGUAGAAUUCUGGCAUAACCACAAAACUGACUGCUGGCCACAGGAGGCGGAGCCUGCCACAGAAUGGCUGCCACAGCUUACCUUCAGUUACCUAGUGAAAUUCCUUGUGGUGUGUUUUGUGAUCAAAAGACUGGCUGAAUUACAUGAUGGUUGAAUUUUUAACGUGUUUCUUCUGUCAUCCUUUAAUUUUUACUUGUUGGGGAACCCCUCCCCAGACUCUACCCCAAAAUCUCCAGGUGUUUCUUGACGUGGAGUUCUAUUCCUCUUGGUCAAAGCAGUGGAAAGGUUAUGUUACUCAGCCCAGCAUGACUCCUCGGAUGGGGAAUCAAGACGUGGGAGGUUGUGCAGAUUGAGUCCCAGAGUUCUUGGAAAUGCCUGCAGACUCAGAUCCUGAGCCUCUAGUAGUCCCUGUAGGACCAGGUCCAGGGGCUCAGACACAGACUUACAGCCAUAGCUAGACUUAAACCCUGGACCCCCCCAGCCUCCUUACCCCAAGCCAGGUACAGGAGGUUCAGUGUCCGCUCACUCCCAAUCUCCAGACCCCUGUGAGCUAAGAUGGAAAAAGCUGCAUGCCUGUUUACAGGAAAGGAGAUGGAGAAGUAAAUUAGCAGCAGUGGGGCAAGCCGGUCUCAAUGAGAAGUGUUCUCAGGAGCCAUAUUGAGGCAACCCAGCUGUAUGGGAUUUACCCUGGUGGGUGGAGUAUUUGCCAUAUAAGAGCCUGGAAAGCAAGCUGUGCUGCAGCAGCAACUUUGUGUUUUGACUCAGAGGCCACUGCUCUUGUUUUUGUAGCUUAAUCUCUGUUUUGACCUUUGUUUGUCUGCCUGACGUGGCUUUGCUUACGCCUCGCUGUAUUUGGUGCUGUGAUAUCCUAAUGUGCAUUAAACUGCUGGAUUGGCUGUGAA